AGAGAACAGAGCAAUUCUUCAACUUUACCAUUCAACGCUACUUACCGACCUUUGUUCAGAAGAACCAAUUCCCUCACCUCACUUUCUCUCCACCACAAAGGUCCUUGAAACGAACGAACAACCCAUGGAUUCGCCCAAGUACUCGGCCUUCACCGUGCUGGAGACGGCCUACAAGGUGGUCGACAACCACCACCCCAUCCACGUCUACACUUUGAUCCCCAAGGCCCUGCCGUCGCCGCGCACGCCGCGGCCGGUGCUGGUCAAGUUCCACGGCGGCUUCCUGAUGACCGGCACGGCGCUGUACCCGGACUGGUUCGCCGGGUGGCUGGUGGCAUACGCGCUGCGCCACGGCGCGGUGGUGGUGCUGCCCAACUACCGGCUCGCGCCCGAGGCCACGGGCGUCGAGAUCCUGGCCGACCUGCGCGACUUCUGGGCGUGGCUGGGGGCUGAGUUCCAGGGGUACCUCGCCGGCGAACCGGCGGCAGGGGGUGAGGAGGGCGUCCAGGUCGAUUUGGGCAGGGUGCUCACCGUGGGCGAGAGCGCCGGCGGGUAUCUGUCCGUGCAGAGCGUGUUGCUGGAGAGUGGGCCGCCGCCGGGAAUCCGUGCCGCGAUCGCCAUCUAUCCCGUCCUGGACCUGAAGGCGCGGUUCUACACCGAGGAGUACGCACCCAAGGUCGUCCUGGGCGCGCCGACGAUCCCCGGGGAGGUCAUGGCGGAGCACCUCCGCGCGAUCGAGGAGGACGCAAAGCGCGGGCAGAGGAGGGUGGUCAGUUCGGCGACCCCGCCGGAGAGGCUGCCCCUGUGUCUGUCGAUGGUGCAGCAGGGCCUGAUGACGAAGUUGCUGGGCGAGGAGAGGGUCUUGUUCCCGCUCGAGACGGUCGAGGAUGUCAGCCCGCACCAGGUGCCGCCCGUCUUGGUCAUCCACGGCCGAGACGACACCGCGGUCCCCGUGGAAGGGAGCGAGAAGUGGGUGGGCAAGGCCAGGGAGAAGCUCGGAGACGCCAAGGUCGCGUUGGUGGUCCAGCCUGGCGAACACGGCUUUGACGCCGACGAGAAUGUCACGCUGGACACACCGUGGUUGAAGGAUGCACUGGUGCCCAUUACCAAGGCGUGGUUGGGGACGGAAUAG